GCUAUAUUUGUUUAUAGGUCAUCGGUCGGUCAAAACAUUAUAAUCGUAAUUAUAUGCACUCUAGUUGCAACUGCACCAUUUUUAUCCUAUUGCAUUAACUUAAAAAGAGAUAUAAUUUAGUAUUAUUUUGAAAAUUUUAUUCAAGUGAAAGUAUUAAGAAUUUAAUUACAAAAUAAAAACAGUGAUAUGUUGCAACUAAUAAAUCUUCCAGAUAUUGUUUUAGAGACAAUUUUGUCUAACCUUACAUACGAUGAAAUUUCUCGAUAUAGAAUUGUUUGUAAACAAUUUGAUCGAAUAUGUAAAAAGUUAUUAAACCGAGGUUUUAAUUUAAUGGAAAAAUAUCACGCACAAUGUUUGCGUGCAGUAAAAAGUCAAUUACCACGAAGGGAAUCAGAAAGAAGAAGUCAUCCUUUAGCACGUCAUUGUGAUAUAUUAACAGCAAUUGAAACAAGAAUAUCUAUGUUAUCUAUGACUUUUAUAAAAUAUGUGGAUCUUAAUUUAUGCUGUUUUAUUCCUGGAAAGGUAAUUGAUGAAAUUUUUCGAGUUCUUCGUUUGAUUCGAGAUUCUAAAACUCCACCUAGAGCUCAUGAAAUACUUCAAGAAUUAAGAGAUAUUAGUAGUAUGGCUAUGGAACAUUUUGAUGAAAAAAUUUUACCAGAUUUGAGACAUAGUAUUUGUACUUCAGUUGUUAGUAAUGUAGGUCCUUAUGAAUUGCCAAGUGGAAGUUUAAUGAUUUCUCAUCAUACUACAAAUUCAAACAAUGCAACACUGCCACAUAAUUUUAGUUCAGAAAAAUUGAAUCAAACUUUUAAAAAAAUUUAUUGUCGUACUAAAAUGAAUAAAUUAUCUGUUCUAUCUAUGAAAGGUCAAAUUAGUAGAAUGAAACUUCGAAUAAAAAGACAAAGUUUUCAAAUGAGAUUGCAAACUUUAAAAUUGCAAGAACAAGCAAAAAAAAUACAUGAUCAAGAUACACAAUUAGCAGAAAUGAGAAAACAUCUUGAAGAAUGGGAACAAAAAAUGGUUGAUUUAACAGCUGAACUAAGUCGUGCUAGAGAAGAAACUCAGAAACCUGAUUCUAUAGAAACUUGUAAAAGAAAACAUAUAGAUAUGAUUAAUCAAAGAGAAACUGAUUCAUUACAAACAAAAGAACUACAAGCAAAAAAACGUAAAUUAAUAGUAGAAAGAAUAACAUCCAAUGAUGCAAAAGAUGUCAAAUUUAAAAAAUUUAUGACUGAUCUUCUUGCAGGUAAUACUAUAGAAGCAUAUCCCUCAACUUCACAUUAACUUACUAUAUGUACAUAUUGGGGUUGUAUAUCAAAGCAAAAUUAUUCUAUGUGUAUUUUGCAUUUUUUGUGUUACAACUGAAUAAAUUUAAAUGUUUAAGCUUUUUAUAUAUUAAAAUCAAAUUUUAUAUGAAGUUGCUUUUAUAAUAUAAUUUGAAAUUAUUUCAAAAUAUAGUAACAAAAUAAAUAUUUUAUUUUAUAUUGUGUUUAAUAAAUAAAUAAAAGUUAUAUCUUUUUAAUUAAAACAAAAACUGAGUUAUGAAUUCAAACACAUGAAACGCAAAAUAUAUUGUUUUUUUUUCAUUUUAGUGCAAGAUUUUAUUAAAAAAUAUAUGGAUAAAUGUAAAGAGGUGUAUAUUAAAUUAUUGUAUAAAUUUAAAAAGCAAUCAAUAAAUAUAUUAAAAGAUAUAAUUGUAUACAGCAAUAUAUGAAUUAUAUAUUAUUUUAUAUAUAUCAUUAAGAAAUAUAACAUAAAAUAUAUUAUUAUAUAAACUAAAAUGUUAGAUCUCAUUCAAUAUUUAAUUUGCUUAUAUUAUAUUUAUAACAAUUUUCCUAUUUUCAGAAAUGAUGUUAUUUAAUAUAAAAAAUUAUAUAAGAUUUUAUGUAAAAUUAAUGACAAUAAAUUAUUAGUAAAGAUUAUAUAUAAA